ACCACGCACUAUAGCGAAUCCGCGAUGCUCUCUUCAAGGCUUCCGCGGCAUUGUGCUCGCAUUUCUCGUGCGGUUGUCGACUCGGAAAGUAUCUUCUGGUCAAGUCGUCGGUUUAACUAAAUUUUCGGACCCCGUCGAAAAGUGAAGAAAAAUCUGUAAUCUCGCAACAUGGCGAACAUUUUGGCACUUUUGGUGAUCACCCUAGCCUGCGCGGUCGUCCACGCCCAGCAACAACCCAAUCAAAAACCCGUUUUUGGUCAAACGUUUGACGAAAUCGUAGUCUCGUCGGACCUCAACGUUCGCAGAAAGUCUAAAGAGAAUCGCCAGGGCAAAAGAUUGACAAACAUACCAUCGGGCACCACCGGCCCGCCCGAAAAGUCCACCGCAGUCGCAUCUAGGUUCGUCGCCAACGAUGGAAUCCGCAUCACAUCGGAAAAAAAGCAUCAGAAACGCGAAACUUCGGCUCUUCGGAAAAGGUAUCUGGACAUGGGCGUUGCAGGAUACUUACUGAAAUCUCGAAAACGAUGAAAAUUCCACUCCGAGGACAACCGCACGAUCCUCAUACAGCCAUCCCGACCAUACCCUUUCGGCUCACUUUCGGACCCAGGCCUUGUAACAAAAAGUGUAAUAAAAAUUUUCUGUGUCACAGCAA